UUUGUAUAAAUGGAGUCCCUGUCCUAUGCUUAGAUGAAAUAUGUUGGCAUUUGAGUUUGCAUGUCUUCUAUAGGAAUAAGUGUUUAGUGAAAAUGGGUGGAGACAAACAGAUGUUCUCACAGUCCUGUUAUUCACAGUACCGCCAAAUCGAAUGUUUCCAUAUAGGUGCAUUCUAAUGGCUUAAAUGAUGCGGAUAUUUUCUGGCCAGCCAUAUGGAUCUUUUGUCAUCUAAGAUGUUAAUAUUUUCCUUAUAUUUUAUAGUAGUUCUGGAGGACCGCCAGUUUCUUGAAUAGGGUCCACAUGGCUCAUUAUGCACAGGGCCUGGAAACUGCCUUACGCAUGCUGUUGAGAUGAACAGUGACACUUCAGAAGAGCUGGGAGCUGGGGUAGAGCAGUGGCUAGGAGAACAUAUUCAAUUAUUUUUCCACUUGCAUUAAGCUACAAGUAAUGAGCACUUUCCUGUGCUUUACAGUAAGUAAUUAAAAGAAAUUAUAAAGUUGGAUGCAAAAAUAACCCGAAGGACAACUGGAUGUGUGGAGCCACCAGUUUUCUCCAUGAGCACACAAGGUUAAUCCUUGUUACUGCUCAGAAUGCUGAGUUUCUACAGGAAGGGUUGCAGGUCCACACAUGUUUUGGCGUCUACCCACACACUUCUGUAUGGCAUGACUGUGCAUCCCAGAAGAAGGGCUGUGCUGUGUGCCUCCGCGUUUCAGUGGAAUUUAACAAACCGAUCCCUGAAAAUGGUUUCAUAAAGUUCCACCAGGUGAGAAGAGUGAUGACCAUCCUUUUCCUUACUAUGGUUAUUUCAUACUUCGGUUGCAUGAAGGCUGCCCCCAUGAAAGAAGCAAACAUCCGAGGACAAGGUGGCUUGGCCUACCCAGGUGUGCGGACCCAUGGGACUCUGGAGAGUGUGAAUGGGCCCAAGGCAGGUUCAAGAAGCCUGACAUCGUCAUUGGCUGACACUUUCGAACAUGUGAUAGAAGAGCUGUUGGAUGAGGACCAGAAAGUUCGACCCCAUGAAGAAAACAAUAAGGACGCAGACUUGUACACGUCCAGGGUGAUGCUCAGUAGUCAAGUGCCUUUGGAGCCUCCUCUUCUCUUUCUGCUGGAGGAAUACAAAAAUUACCUGGAUGCUGCAAACAUGUCCAUGAGGGUCCGGCGCCACUCUGACCCUGCCCGCCGAGGGGAGCUGAGCGUGUGUGACAGUAUUAGUGAGUGGGUAACGGCGGCAGACAAAAAGACUGCAGUGGACAUGUCGGGCGGGACGGUCACAGUCCUUGAAAAGGUCCCUGUAUCGAAAGGCCAACUGAAGCAAUACUUCUACGAGACCAAGUGCAAUCCCAUGGGUUACACAAAAGAAGGCUGCAGGGGCAUAGACAAAAGGCAUUGGAACUCCCAGUGCCGAACUACCCAGUCGUACGUGCGGGCCCUUACCAUGGAUAGCAAAAAGAGAAUUGGUUGGCGAUUCAUAAGGAUAGACACUUCUUGUGUAUGUACAUUGACCAUUAAAAGGGGAAGAUAGUGGAUUUAUGUUGUAUAGAUUAUAUUGAGACAAAAAUUAUCUAUUUGUAUAUAUACAUAACAGGGUAAAUUAUUCAGUUAAGAAAAAAAUAAUUUUAUGAACUGCAUGUAUAAAUGAAGUUUAUACAGUACAGUGGUUCUACAAUCUAUUUAUUGGACAUGUCCAUGACCAGAAGGGAAACAGUCAUUUGCGCACAACUUUAAAAAAGUCUGCAUUACAUUCCUUGAUAAUGUUGUGGUUUGUUGCCGUUGCCAAGAAUUGAAAACAUAAAAAGUUUAAAAAAAUAAUAAAUUGCAUGCUGCUUUAAUUGUGAAUUGAUAAUAAACUGUCCUCUUUCAGAAAACAGACAAAACAUACACACACACACACACACACACACACACACCAAAAAUUUGAACCAAAACAGUCCGUUUACAUUUUAGACAGUAAGUAUCUUCGUUCUUGUUAGUACUAUAUCAUCUGUUUUACUGCUUUUAACUUCUGAUGGCGUUGGAAUUAAAACAGUGUCAAGGUGCUGUUGUCAUUGCUUUACUGGCUUAAGGGAUAGGGGAUGGGAGGGGUAUAUUUUUGUUUGUUUUGUGUUUUUGUUUUGUUUUGUUUUGUUUUGUUUAAGUUCCCACAGGGAGUAGGGACGGGGAAAGAAUUCCUUCAAUAUGUAUUCUCGUUGAUAAAAUAUAUAUUUGUAUGUUGUGAAGAUGUUUGCAAUAUCAAUCAGAUGACUGGAAAGUGAAUAAAAAUUAAGGAAACCGAACAAAAAAAAAAUGCUCACACUCCACAUCCCGUGAUGCACCUCCCAGGCCCCCGCUCAUUCUUUGGGCGUUGGUCAGAGUAAGCUGCUUUUGAUGGAAGGACCUAUGUUUGCUCAGAGCACAUUCUUUCCCUCCCUCCCCCUCUGGUCUCCUCUUUGUUUUGUUUUAAAGAAGAAAAAUCAGUUGCACGCUCUGAAAUAUUUUACCACUGCUGUUAACAAGUGAACACAUUGUGUCACAUCAUGACACUCAUAUAAGCAUGGAGAAUAGUGAUUUUUUUUUAGAAAAGAAAACAAAAAAUAACCCCAAAACGAAGAUUAUUUUUUAUAAGGGGAAAACAUUUGGGUAAAUCACGGUAAAGCUUAAAAAACUCAUGGUUAAGGCUUAACAAUGUCUUGCAAUACCUUGCAAGCAAAAGGGAGAGCCCUGUAUGAACCCAGAAACACCUAGAUCAGAACAGGAAUCCACAUUGCCAGUGACAUGAGACUGAACAGCCAUAUGGAGGCUAUGUGGAGCUGACAUAGCAUUUACCGGCAGUGCAGGAGGAAUUUCUGAGUGGCCAUCCCAAGGCCUAGGUGGAGGUGGGGCAUGGUAUUUGAGACAUUCCAAAAGGAAGGCCUCUGAAGGACCCUUCAGAGGUGGCUCUGGAAUGACAUGUGUCAAGCUGCUUGGACCUCGUGCUUUAAGUGCCUACAUUAUCUAACUGUGCUCAAGAGGUUCUCCACUGGAGAACCACACUCAAGCUGACUUAUGCCCUCCAUCCCACCUCUGGAUAAUUUUGCAUAAAAUUGGAUUAGCCUGGAACAGGUUCAGAGCCAAAUGUGGCAUUUGUGAUCAUGAUUGAUACAAUGAGAUAGAAGAUGUUUGCUACAUGAACACUUACUGCUUUGAAAUUACAGUUGAGGAAACCAGGGUUUAUCUUUUAGGACUUUUGGUAAGGGGAAAGAGAACAGGAAAAGAAACCCCAAACUCAGGCUGAAUGAUCAAGGGGGCCCAUAGGAAAUCUUGACCUGAGACAAGACUUCAGGAAGGUAUUGGACAUUCAGAACACCAAGACCUGAAGGUGCCUUGCUCAAUGGAAGAGGGCAGGACAGAGCUGACAAAAUUUUGCUCCCCAGUGAAGGCCACAGCAACCUUCUGCCCAUCCUGUCUGUUCAUGGAGGGGGUCCCUUUCUCACCUCUGCCAUGUUGGGUUAGAAGUCAAGUUGGGAGACUGGAAUAGUGGUUCUUGGAAAAAUGGACCCCAGUGAAAACUAGUGCUCUAAGCCCAUUCGACCCAUUUCACACCUGAAAAUGUUAGUGAUCACCACUCGGACCAGCGUCCUUGAGUAUCAGAAAGCCCAGGCAAUUGCUGCAUCUUAGUAGGGUGAGGGAUAAGCAAAAGAGGAUGUUCACUACGACCCAGGAAUGAAGAUACUAUCAGCAAAGAAUUUCAAUUUGUUCAGUCUUUCAUUUAGAGCUAGCCUGUCUUUCACAGUACCAUCUGAAUACCUGUCUUUGAAAGAAGAAAGACUAUGUAGCUUAGGUUUGUUUUGUGUUGUUUGAAAAUAUUAUCUUUGUAAUUAUUUUUCAUAUGUAAGGAAUGCUUGGAAUAUCUGCUGUAUGUUAACUUUAUGCAGCUUCCUUUUGAGGGACAAAUUUAAAACGAACAAAAAGUCCCCAUCACAGUCUUAAAGGAUGCAAGGGCCAGAUCUGUUAAGUGGUUCAUGGGAGACACAUCCAGCAAUUGUGUGGUCAGUGGCUCUCUUACCCAAUAAGAUACAUCACAGUCACAUGCUUGGUGGUUUAUGAUGUUGACCUAAGAUGUAUUCUGUUAAAAUCUCUCUCUGUUGCUGUUUGUUCUUGUUUUGUUUUGUUUUAAAGUCUUGCUGUGGUCUCUUUGUGGCAGAAGUGUUUCAUGCAUGGCAGCAGGCCUGUUGCUUUUUUAUGGUGAUUCCCAUUGAAAAUGUAAGUAAAUGUCUGUGGCCUUGUUCUCUCUAUGAUAAAGAUAUUAUUCACCAUGUAAAACAAAAAAAUAUUUAUUGUAUUUUAGUAUAUUUAUAUAAUUAUGUUAUUGAAAAAAUUGGCAUUAAAACUUAAUCGCAUCAGAAGCCUAUUGUAAAUACAAGUUCUAUUUAAGUGUACUAAUUAACAUAUAAUAUAUGUUUUAAAUAUAGAAUUUUUAAUGUUUUUAAAUAUAUUUUCAAAGUACAUAAAA